GGAAACAAGCGUUCUGUCAUCUGUUAUUCGUGGUUUGACGUUUACCGCUUGCUCUGGGCUUCCUCUUUUCGUUUGUGACUGAAUCGACGAGAACAUCCAAAAUGGUAAAUGUACCGAAGCAGCGCCGCACGUACUGCAAAAAGUGCAAGGUUCACCGUGUGCACAAGGUGACACAGUACAAGAAGUCCAAGGAACGACAGGCUUCCCAGGGUCGUCGUCGUUACGAUCGUAAACAGAAGGGUUUCGGUGGUCAGACCAAGCCCAUCUUCAGGAAGAAGGCCAAGACCACCAAGAAAAUUGUGCUGCGUAUGGAAUGCGUCGAGUGCAAGUACCGCAAACAGACCCCGCUGAAGCGCUGCAAACAUUUCGAGCUCGGUGGUGACAAGAAGCGUAAGGGACAGAUGAUCCAGUUCUAAGCUGCCGGUCGAUUUGGUCUUGAAGCGUGUGCACUGUAUGUUUCGGAAAACCAUCUCCGGAAUAAAGUUUCAGCCCUUCCCGGCGUGGAGUGUUACCGCGACGAGUAAGGGAUGAAGAUGUGAGGAAGAACAACUCUA